ACCAAACCGUACCAAACCGACCCAACCCAAAACAUGACAGAAAGAUCAUCUCUUCAUUGAUGUUUUCUGCUUGAAUCCUGUCAUGCUUCCAUCAGUGUGGCUAACAUUAGCAUGCUAUCCCUCUGUGGCAGCAGCUGUGCUGUGAUUGGUGGUUUUGUGAGGACGCCUUCAGUGUUUGGUUGAACAGUCUGAUAAAACCUCAGCACACACUCACACCGGUCACAGUGUGACUGUCUUCUCUUUAACGUGGUGACACAGUGAUCACAUCCAUGUCUGCUGAACUGAACGUAACGUAUAUUAUUCUUGACGGUCAUGUUGACGUGGAGAGUUACAGAUAUCUUUACUUUGUUGUCAUGUUUGCAGCUUAUAUUCUGAUCAUUUGUUGUAACAGCACAAUUGUGUGUGUGAUUGUGACUCAGCAGAACCUCCAUGAGCCCAUGUACGUGUUCGUCGCAGCGUUGUUGCUCAACUCUCUCCUGCUGAGCACAAACAUUUACCCAAAGCUGCUGAUGGACUUUUUAUCUGAGCAGCAGAUCAUCUCAUACUCAGCGUGUCUCUUCCAGUGUUUCCUUUAUUACUCUUUAAGUGGUUCAGAGUUCCUGCUGUUGUCGGCCAUGGCCUACGACAGGUACGUGUCCAUAUGUAAACCUCUGCAGUAUCAGACCAUCAUGAGCAGAUCCACAGUGUGUGUUCUGCUGCUGUGUGCGUGGCUGCUUCCUGUUUGUCAGACUGCUGCUCCUGUCAUUGCUCGGAUCCACAAUAAACUCUGCACUUUUACUUUGAACGGGAUUUUGUGCAAUAAUUCAGUUCAUAAUCUUUACUGUGUGACAUCCAGAGUGUUUUCCAUAUAUGGUGUGGUUGUCCUCAUUGACCUGGUGAUCGUUCCGAUGUUCUUCAUCCUGUUCACGUACACAAACAUCCUCAUCAUCUCCUACAGGAGUUCUAAGAGUGUCAGGACCAAGGCGGCUCAGACCUGUUUACCUCACCUGCUGGUUCUGAUCAACUACUCCUGUCUGAUCACCUACGACGUCACUAUCGUCAAACUGGACUCCGAUUUCCCAAAAAUGGCUCGUUUUGUGAUGACGCUACAGAUGCUGGUGUAUAAUCCUCUCUUUAAUCCCAUCAUAUACGGACUGAAGAUGAAGGAGAUUUACAAACACCUCAGACGGUUGUUCUGUCGCAUCAAAGUGAACGGAUGAAUCCACCAUUCACUCACUCACUGAUGACUGUUCAGAUCA